AUGCUACAAUAUAGAAAGAUCGUUUAUUAUGUCGGCAUUUAUCAAUUCUUAUUAUCAAUCAAUAUUUUUCAGAAAGUAGUAGACAAGAACAAAAAUGUUCUUGCGUCGCCUGUGAAUGCACACAUUGGCCUAUCGAUGGUGGCAUAUGGCGCCGCUGGCAGAACUUCUAUGCAGCUGCAAGAAUUUCUUCAUUUGCCUGUAAAUGAAGACCUAACUCAUCAAGCUUUUGAAGAGCUCCAUGUUUAUCUGAACAGAUUGGAGAAAGUGACAUUCAAGCUUGCUAAUAAAAUAUACAUAGAUAGAAGAUCUAAAGUGAGAAAUGAAUAUAAGCAAAUAACCACAAAAUUAUUUUACUAUGAACCCUCUAUAAUUGAUACCAGGUAUUCUGAAUUAUCCACUAGAUUCAUGAAUGAAUGGGCUGAACAGGAUACAGAUCAUGCGAUUCGCAAUGUUAUUAACAUAGGUGAAAUGACUCCGGAUACUCGGUUAUUCCUCGUGAAUACUGUCUAUUUUAAGGGAAAAUGGGCACGUCGUUUUGAAAAGUGUUCGACUAAAAAUAGAAAUUUUAACAUUGAUUGGAAUAUUCAGGAACAAGUACCGACGAUGUUCAGUGCCGACUAUUAUGUUUACGGCGAGCUUCUUGACCUAAAAGCUGAAUUCAUUGAACUCCCAUUCGAGAAUACUGAUUUAAAAAUGAUUAUCAUAAUACCAAAUGAAAUAGACGGCUUGCAGAGUAUAAUAGAAAAUCUAGAGUCCUUCAAUCGUACUCGACUUUUUGAAUCUGGCUCUUUACAAGAUAUACACGUGUACUUACCGAAAUUCAGGAUUCAAAGUUCUAUAGACAUGAAAAAACCCCUUGAACAAUUGGGCAUGACUGAAAUGUUUCAAGAUAAUGCAAACUUCAUAGGCAUAACCAAUGAACCAGUCCGAGUAAACAAAAUAGUUCAAAAAACUUUUAUUGAUGUAAAUGAAGACGGUAAUGAAGGCUCAAAUUCAACUCCAAGAAAAAAACCAUUUUCAUCGUCUUCAAAUUCGAAACUUAAACUCUGGGUAUUUGUGGCCGAUAGGCCAUUUUUAUUUAAAAUUGUUAACGACCGAUUGGGAAUGACCCUUUGCAUUGGAACGGUUGUUAAUCCCACCAAUAAUUAA